AUGCGUGCGGUGGCUGCCACGACGCUGGUCCUGACGCUUUGUUUAGUCCGACCCGACCUUAAUGAUGGAGACGUCAGUAACGAUGUCUCCGAAGAUGAUUUCGGGAACGAUAAAGCGGCGGUGACUAAGGGCAGAAGGAAGCAGCCUCACAUCAUCUUUAUCCUCAUCGAUGAUCAGGGCUUCAACGACAUCGGUUACCACAACCCGAACAUCAAGACACCCACGUUGGACAAGUUGGCGGCAGAGGGCGUCAAGCUGGAGAACUACUACGUCCAGCCCAUCUGCACGCCCUCGCGCAGCCAGCUCCUCACUGGCAGGUACCAGAUCCACACGGGCCUGCAGCACUCAAUCAUCCGGCCCAGCCAGCCCAGCUGCCUUCCGGCGCACAUGGACACGCUUCCCCAGAGGCUGCAACAGGCCGGCUACGCCACGCACAUGGUGGGCAAAUGGCACCUCGGAUUUUACACGAAGGCGUGCCUGCCGACCAGGAAAGGAUUCGACUCCUUCUUCGGAUCGUUGACGGGAAGUGUCGACUACUACAGUUACGGUUCAUGUGACGGUCCGGGUGUGUGCGGCUACGACCUUCACGCUAACGAAAGCGUGGCCUGGGGUCACCAGGGAAAAUACUCCACGACGCUAUUCACGCAGCGAGCGCGGAAAAUUCUCCAGAGUCACGAUCCCUCCCAGCGACCAAUCUUUCUGCUCCUCUCCUUGCAGGCAGUGCACACGCCGCUUCAGCCGCCCAAGUCCUACAUCUACCCAUAUCGCGAUAUGGCCGACGUGGCGCGCAGGAGGUUCGCCGCCAUGGUGUCCACAGUGGACGAGGCGGUGCGCAACGUCACAUAUGCGCUGCGCAAGGCCGGCUUCUACCGCGACAGCGUCAUAGUCUACUCCACCGACAACGGGGCGCAACCCUUCACCGGAGGGAGCAACUGGCCGCUCAGAGGACGAAAGGGUACGUACUGGGAGGGCGGUGUGCGCGGCGUGGCGUUCGUGCACAGCCCGUUAUUGCGACGCAGGAGGCGCGUGUCCAAAGCGCUCGUUCACAUCACCGAUUGGUUCCCAACCUUGCUGUCGCUCGCCGGAGGAAACGUCAGCCAGAGCCAAGGUCUGGACGGCUUUGACGUUUGGGGCGCCAUAAGCGAAGGCCGGGAGUCUCCCCGCCACGAGAUCCUGCACAACAUCGACCCCCUGCAUAAAGCCCCCGAGCCCGCACAAACCUGGGACGUGCUGGAAAACAACUCGCUCAUCGAGAAACCGAAGAAAAAGAGGAAGAAGAAGAAGCUACUUAAGCAGCGACCCAAGCAAAAGUCAGCUUUCAAAUUGGCUAAAAGCUCAAACAAGUUGAACACGUACCUCAAAGCCCAUCCGAACCGCCUCCACGCAUCCCGCCCCAAGGCUAGAAGGACGGCGGUCCCGGAGCACAAUCUGUCAUGGGCCCCCACUAAGGUCCGCUCGCAACUGAAGUCCAAAAGGUCAUCGUCGCUUGCCAACGCUGAUUCUCCCCUCCCGGCGGGUGAGACACCCGUGUGGGACACGUCCGUCCAGGCGGCCAUCAGAGUCGGGGACUGGAAACUGCUCACCGGGGACCCCGGACAUGGAGAGUGGGUCCCCCCGCAGGUCCUACCAACGUUGUUAGGCCGCUGGUGGAACCUGGAGCGAGCAUUCCCGUCGCUGCAGCACGGCCGGAGUUCGGAGGUGGCCAAAAGUGUCUGGCUGUUCAACAUCAGCGCUGACCCGUACGAGCGCCUCGACCUCUCCCAACAGCGGCCAGACGUGGUGCGCCGCCUCCUCGCUCGCCUGGCGUACUACAACCGCACCGCCGUGCCGGUCUACUUUCCACCCGACGACCCGCGCGCCCACCCCGACUGGCACGGCGGUGCCUGGGUGCCCUGGAUGGACCAGGACAGGGACCAAGAUAAGGUGUACAAGAAGGUCCAUCAAGAGAAGAAGAAGAGUAAGGGGAAAAAAAACAAAUGCCGACUGUGCAAGCUGAAGGCCUUCUUUCUGAAACUCAACACGGGCAUCAUUUCCAGUCGCAUUUGA